AUGCUAGGUGUCCCGAGAGUUGAGUGGACGAGUGCUAGUGGUUCUAACCCUAGCAAGGUUCCAUCUCUAUUUUCUAAGAUUGAUUUGAGAUUCGGUUAUCACGAGCUGAAUAUUAAGGCAUCGGACAUCCCUAAGAUAGUUUUUUGGACUCGUUAUAGUCACUAUGAGUUUCUUAUGAUGUCAUUCGGUUUGACUAACGCCCCUACAUCAGUCAUUGAGUUGAUGAAUGGGGUGUUCGGACCUAAUCAGAAUAUUUUUGUGAUAGUGUUCAUUGAUGACAUCUUGUGGUGUGAUGAGUGUGAGGAGAGCUUUCAAAAUCUUAAGACCUUGUUGACAUCAACUCAUGUUUUGAAUCUACCAGAGAAGGGUGUGGAUUUCAUUGUUUAUGGCAAUGCUUCUGGAGUCGGGUUAGGCGGUGUUCUGAUGCAGAAGGGUAAGGUGAUUAUCUAUGCCUCGAGAUGGUUAAAAACCGAUGAGGGGAAUUACCCUAACCAUGAUUUGGAGUUGGUAGUCAUUGUGUUUGUGCUUAAGAUGUGGCGGCAUUAUCUGUACGGGUUUCAUUGUGAGGUGAUGAGAGGGGAAGCCAAAGAGGAUGUCCUUGAUUAUGAUGAUGUCUUACGGAUUGGAGGAGGGAUUUUUGUGCCUAAGGUUGACCAAGUCCGCCCAUUUUAUCCCAGUUCGGGUGAAGUUACAACAGAGAAGUUAGCAGAGAUUUAUAUCUUGUGUGAUUGCAUGGAGUCUCGGUUUUCUAUUGUCUCUAAUCGAGGUUCAUUGUUCACUUCCCAUUUCUGGAAGGACUUGCAUUAUGGUUUGGGUACUCGAUUAGACAUGAGUACAUAUUUUCACCCUCAGACAGAUGGUCAGUCUUACUAG